UAUAUACAUUCUUCUUCUGUUCCCCUCCCCGUGCCUUGUGCAUUGCCUGGCCUGUAUUGGAAUGAGAAUGUGGCAGGGGAAACUUUACUGUGAAACUGCAAUGGGUGCUGCUGAUUUUCCUGUGGCUGCUACCCUGGAGCCCCAAGCUGAGAGCUGGACUGCUACCCAUUCAACUACAGGAGGCAAUGUGCAUGCGGGCUGCACUCUACAAGAAAUGGUCAACGCAUGGUUUGCUGAACGAGUUCAUACAAUACCAGCUAGUAAAGAGCAAGGAAAAAAUAAUUCAGAGUCUAACCCUCAGGUGUGCUAUUCAGAAAAUACAACUCAGGGAACUCCAGUGAGGAAGAUCUCAGCCUCCGAGUUCGAUAGGCCUCUAAGGCCAAUUGUUGUCAAAGAUUCUGUCGGAACACUGACAUUUCUCUCUGAUUCUGAAAAGAAGGAACAGAUGCCGCUUCAACCACCCAGUCUGUCCAGAGCAGGAGAUCAGUGCUCAAGGCUUUUGGAACUGGUGAAAGAUAUUUCCAGUCACCUUGACGUCACAGCACUUUGUCAUAACAUUUUUUUGCACAUCCAUGAGCUCAUAGCAGCAGAUCGUUAUUCGCUUUUUUUAGUUUGCGAGGACAGUUCAAAUAAGAAGUUUCUGGUCAGCAGACUGUUUGAUGUUGCUGAAGGUACAACCGUGGAACAGGCUUCAAACAAUUGCAUCCGUUUGGAAUGGAAAAAAGGGAUUGUUGGUCACGUGGCAGAGUUUGGUCAACCCUUGAAUAUAAAGGAUGCUUACCAGGACUCCAGAUUCAAUGCGGAAGUCGACCAAAUUACUGGGUACAAAACACAAAGUAUUCUUUGUAUGCCAAUUAAGAACCACAGAGAAGAGGUGGUUGGUGUAGCACAAGCAAUCAAUAAGAAAUCAGGAAGCAAUGGGACGUUUACUGACCAAGAUGAAAAGGACUUUGCUGCUUAUUUGGCAUUCUGCGGGAUUGUUCUACACAAUGCGCAACUCUACGAAACGUCACUGCUUGAAAACAGGAGAAACCAGGUGCUGCUUGACCUUGCAACCUUGAUAUUUGAAGAACAGCAAUCACUGGAAGUCAUCUUAAAGAAGAUCGCAGCUACUAUCCUGUCAUUCAUGCAGGCUCAGAGAUGCACAAUAUUCAUUGUGGAUGAAGAUAGUCCUGAUACCUUUUCAAGUGUGUUUCAUAUGGAGUCUGAUGAAUUACAAGAGUCUGCAAAUGCUCUAAAGAGGGAAUAUGAUGUGAGCAAAAUCAAUUACAUGUAUGCGCAGUACGUAGCAAAUACAAUGGAACCAAUUAACAUUACAGACAUCUGUAAGGACACAAGAUUUCCAUGGACAAAUGGAAAUGAAGAGAAGAACUUCAAGCACAUUCAGAGUCUGCUUUGCUCCCCAAUCAAGAAUGCCAAGAAGAAUAAAGUAAUAGGCGUCUGCCAACUUGUAAACAAGGUGGAUGAAAACUCUGGCAAAAUCAAGGCUUUCAACAAAAACGACGAACAAUUUGUAGAAGCUUUUGCCAUAUUCUGCGGCUUGGCAAUUCAGAACACCCAGAUGUAUGAAGUUGUGGAGCGUGCGAUGGCCAAACAGAUGGUGACAUUAGAGAUUCUUUCAUAUCACACAUCUGCUGCUGAGGAAGAGACAACGGAGCUGCAGGUAACAGCGGGAGCCAUUGUGCCAUCUGCACAAUCGCUUAAAUUAACAGAAUUCUACUUCAGCGAUUUUGAGCUUUCUGACAUGGAAACCACAUUAGCCACAAGUCGAAUGUUCACAGACCUAAACCUUGUGCAGACCUUCCAAAUGAAAUAUGAGACACUUUGCCGGUGGAUUCUGAGUGUGAAGAAGAACUAUAGAAAAAAUGUUGUAUAUCACAACUGGAGGCAUGCCUUUAAUACAGCCCAGUGUAUGUUCGCAGCCCUGGAAACUGGCAAGAUUCAGAGCAAGCUAAGUGAUCUAGAAAUCCUUGCACUGAUGAUUGCCACCCUGAGCCAUGAUUUGGACCACAGAGGGGUUAACAACUCUUUUAUACAGAGAAGUGAACAUCCUCUAGCACAGCUGUACUGUCAUUCCAUCAUGGAGAACCACCAUUUUGACCAGUGUCUCAUGAUACUAAACAGUCAGGGUAACCAGAUUUUAAGUGGCCUUUCUGUUCAAGACUACAAGACUGUUCUGAAGAUGAUCAAAAAAGCUAUCCUUGCUACUGAUUUGGCACUAUACAUUAAGAGAAGAAGUGAUUUCUUUGAAUUAGUGAACAAGAAAAAAUUCAAAUGGGAUGACCCUUCACAAAAGGAAUUGUUUUUAUCAAUGCUGAUGACUGCUUGUGAUCUGUCUGCAAUAACAAAGCCUUGGCCAGUUCAGCAACGGAUAGCUGAACUUAUAGCCGCAGAAUUUUAUGACCAAGGGGAUAAAGAAAGGAGGGAACUUAAUACUGAACCAAUAGACCUGAUGAACAGAGAAAAGAAAGACAAAAUACCCAGCAUGCAGGUUGGAUUUAUUGACGCAGUCUGCUUAGAACUUUAUGAGGCCUUGACACAGGUCUCUGAAUCAUGUUACCCUUUACUUGACGGCUGCCAGAGGAAUAAGCAGAUGUGGCAGAUCUUAGCAGAGCAGCAGGAAAAGAACUUGGUGAAUGGAGACAAGAGCCAGUCGGAAGUGAACUGCAACAUGGAUUAGAAGGACAACAGAAACCUGUAGUUUUGUGGUACAAAAUAGCAUUGCACUGUUUGAAGAAUUUUAUAUUUCGCACCAGCUGUAUUUAUUCCUUUCACGUAGAUCGUUUCGUCUAAGGAAAAUGUAAAUUGUAUUUCUUUGUAUUAUUUUUAAUAUUGUUAUUUUUUUAAACUAUUCAUUGUCUGAUUGUAUAUACUGUACUGGUGUAACUCAUUUCUCCUGUCAAUGGGCUUAAACUGCUCCCUUUCCACUUUCACGUGUAUGUUGAAAUUUGUAUUGUCCUACUUGGAAUAGUGCCUUAUCAUGUAGUUGCUUUCUUCCAAAUAGCCAGAGCUAAAGUAUGAAGAAUUAAAUGCAAAAUAUUUGCCAGUUAAAACCUCGACCUUGCACCUGACACCAUGGGCAUUGCUAAAGCAUAAGGUAAAUAAGUAAUAAAUGACCCCCAGUGGAUCCAAAAUGAUAAAGCAAAUACACAUUCACAUUUAAAAAAUGUGAAUACUGCACCAUAAUACACUCAUUUUUUCCAUUAAGAUUAUUAAGUCUGUGAUAAAAAACAGUGGAAUGCCGACAGCAAACUCCCAGCAUGUAACCCUAUCUUCCUUGCAGCUAUAUAGCAGAAGCAAGCUAAUUGCUUAACCUGUAAAGAAGCAGCAUGGCUGACGUCAGCUGCAAGGAGCAACCCUAAACCCUACUAAUAAAAAGGGAUUCUUUUUUAUAAAAUGCUGAAAAAAAUGUUUCUUUCUCAAAAAUAGAGAAGUAUAUCAGAACAGGACUUAUAAGGACAGAAGUUCAAUCUUGUUUAGACUUAAUAUGGACUUUAUGGCACAGUCUGACAAACACUUUCACAAAAUAGAUAUUAAUAAUUUAUAACAAUGGGGCACAUUUACUAACAAAGGAAUUGCAUUUUUUUCCACGAAUCUUGAAAAAUUUGUGGUUUUCCUAUACUUCGAAAAUGCUCUGAAAAUGCGGAAUCUAUUAAGUGAGAACCUCCAAUACAAAACUUUGCCAAGUAAAAGUUGUUGAGGUGUUUUAGAAGCCAAUGGGAGCUGCUCUGAUCAUAUUGGACCUCUUUAAAUCAAAUCAGACUUUUUUUCCCUCUAGGAAUUGUCAGAUAGACUCAAACUUUUCAGGGUUUUUGAGGUAGCCGCAUUUUUUACGUUAAGACCUUUUUUUUUGUUCCCACUUUUUAUAUUCUGAUCUUUUAAUAAAUUCAAUGACAAUCAGGUUUUAGAGAUUGUGAGUUUUGGUGUGGUUUAAAAAACCUCUAAAACCACUUAAAUCCAACCACUUAAUUCCUUUUCAAAAUGAAACUGAGCAUAUACAAUACACAAGAUUAUUGAGAACACAUACACUUGAAAUGAGCAUUAAACACUUAACUCUGUGCUGAUCCUGUAUCUUCAGAAUUCCAGUUCUCCUGGCAUCAAUAUAUAGAAAUGAUACCAGUGUCAUUAGGUUGUCAUUUAUUUGGUGUAAUGUAGUUGCUUGUGUAGGUCCAACAUGAAAAGGGUUGUUUCAGUGGCGUAACUAUAGAGGAUGCAGACCCCGGAGGGGGGACUGGUCCAUGGGCAAGCAGGAAGAGAAUGGGCCCAGGGAAGUUGCUUUCUGGUCAGACAUGCUUGCAUUGUAGUGAGAACAAUGGAAGUUGCAGUUCGUGCCGGUCGGUCCCCUGUAAAUAUUUUUGCAGAGGGGCCUGGCCAGGUGUUGUUAAGCCUCUGGGUAGUUUUGUGUUAGUGUUGGAAUUUCCAUGUUGGUGCUGUAAAGUCUGCAGUUUAAGGCAUGGGAAGGGUCAAAUAAAUCAGAACCUAUUUAAUUUGUUAGGAAAUUGUAAGGCAGAUAUAUCACCUGAAAGUUAUAUGUCAAUAAAAGUGGCAAAUAUUAAAAAGCUUACAGUUUAUCUAUAAAUCGGAGAUCCCUACAUGAUCCACUGUCUGCCACCAAAAUUCUAGGGUGGGGCCUAAGUAGAGCAGCAGGGCCAACAUCAGAGACAUUAUUAUGACAUGUAUAGCAUACAGUCAUUUUAUACUGUUUUAGAGCCGUGGUUCUAAUUUCUUUGUAUAAAAUAUGCAAAUUACUUUAUUCACAACAAUUUGAGGACCAUUCUUUUUUACUUUGCUUUUCUAUAUGAGCUGUGCUUGCUUCUCAUUACUUCUUUGCAAUAUAUAUAUAUAUAUAUAUAUAUAUAUAUAUAUAUAUAUAUAUAUACACAUAUACAAAAGACUUGUAGAGAAUGUAUACGAGUACACUGUAAAUAUAUGUUCUUUGGCCAGUUUGUGCAUUUUUUUAUUACUUUGGAAACAAUUUGCACAGUUCUAUUGUUUAUUACCACUGUAUUUAUGUACUGCUGGUAGGACUUUGUAUGGAUUGGGGAUGAUGAUUUUUUAACAUUUUACAUAUACAGUAUUUAGUGUUACGGGAGUUUCACAAAAGAACAAUUAAAGGCUGUUGUUUUGAAAUAUACUUUGCACUUGUAUAAAAACAUUGUGUUGUGGCUAUGGUGUUAACAUUCUCACAAUAUAAUUAUCUGGCAUAUAUACAUCAGCUAUUUUAUUGAUUUUUUAUGUAGGGUUGACAUACAGAGAUUACACAUCAGUCCCUGCCCCAGUGGACCUUUUAAUUUAAGCUCCUUAUCACAUUCACACACACAAGACAAUUUUUUUUAGACAAUUAACCUGCCUGUAUAUUUUGGGGAGACAUGGGGAGAACAUAUGUAGUUGUUUGUAAAAGUUAAGACUCUUAAAUAAAUCCAUGGCCUUCAUGUGUUUUUAGGGAUGCACCGAACCCUGCUUUUCAGAAUUCAGCAGAAUCCAGGGGUACGGAUUCAACCGACUAUCGACCCGAAUCCAAACCCUCCAAACUCUUCACCAGGGUGGAAAUACUCAAUACCUAAACAGACUUGCAGAAUUUCUUCAGUUACAUCAGGUUCGGUCUGGCCAGCCUCUUUGAAGCAGUUGAAUUCAAUUCAGCUGAAUAAGAAUCCUGAUAAAAAUAACUAGAGUCUGGCCAAAUUCCAAAUCGAAUCCAGGAUUCAGUGCAUUCCUAAUUGAUUUAUUCAUUGUCUUAUUUUCCUUUAUGGGGAGCUGUAUGACCUCUUUAACGUCACAUUAAAAUAAAGUUAAAUGUACAUUACCCCGCCCUCUUUUUGCCCCUAAGAUUCUACAGAGCAGUUUAAAACGUGCCAUUGUCUCAUGAAUAUUACUUACCACUAGUGAUGGGCGAAUUUAUUCGCCAGGCGCAAACUCACGGCAAAUUCCCGCCUGCGUCCAUUUUUAUGGACGCCAGCACAUUUUCUCCAGUGAAAAACGAGACGCCGGCACAGUUUCGCAAUUUUUUCGCGUUUUGCGCAUUUCGCAGGAAAUUUGUGAAUUUUUCAGCGAAGCGAAAUGCCCCAAAUUCGCCUAUCACUACUUACAACACUGCUCUUCUUUUGUUAUUAGAAACAUACAACAAGUACUGUGGUGUCACUAGGGGCAUGGCCAGUUUAGAAGGAGUGAUUUUUUGCAGAUAUUGCUGUACCAGGGACAUUUCCCUUGGUUUUCUCUUAACUUAAUCUGAGUUAUACUAUAAAACUGUGCCAGAAAAGGUUUUCUCUAAGCACAAUUCAGCAGAGAAGCUUUACAGGGGAAUGUAUUAAAAGUCGGUAAUGGAAAAACUAUUCGCAAUGUGAAAAGUUAUGCCUUUGCGUGAAUUUAAUAUAGCUUUUGCGAAUCCGGAAAUUGUUUAGCGACCACUUCCGACAGUGGAAGACCAUUUGGGAAUUGAAUAGUUUGCGCCAAUGCACAGUAAAUGUAAUAAAAAACUUCUUACUGAAAAAAAUCGUUAUGUUUGUCGAAAAGAUUACGACACCUUCAAGCACUUCAAGAGUGCGCAAUUAAAAUUCGCAAUGCAAUAAGACUUUAAGGAACAAUAUUACAUUGGGAGAUGUGGAUUUUUAUUCUUAUUGGUGUGUAUUGUCUGCAACUUUAAUUACAUUUCCCCCUUAGUGUAUUGUGUCCAUGAAAAAAAGCUUGAUUUACAGUUCUCCCUAUAAUAGGGCACUGGGUAAUAGUAUUGGACUGUAGAAACAAGGAACGGAUUUCACGCAACGACUGGUAGUCCUCAUUAGAUAUAUCUAACCUAGUUGCAGUUUGUAUAAUAUGUUUAUUUGUACCUUUUUCUUGUAAAUAAAGAGAAAUGUAAAUUAA